AUGCAAUUUGCGUUGCCGCCACGAAAGACGUCUCGUCCUCCUAUCUACUCUCGAUCGUCCCCUACAGUCAUUCGACGGCGACAGUUGAAGUCAUUUGCCGUUAUAGGCUGCAUUGUCAUCUCGGCUCUUUUCCUCAUCUUCCACCUUUUCUCCUCCGGCUCGUCUUCGGCCGAUACCCCUGUUGCGAAUGGACCUCCUGUCGUUAUCGUCACUGUUCUUGACACGGAUUUCUUUAGCAACACGUAUAUACAGCGAAUAAAACAGAAUAGGGAGGAUUACGCGAAGCGCCAUGGAUACGUCAACUUCUUUGCUAGCACCGCAGACUAUGUUCCUGUUAUGAACCUCCCCUCAGGCGCAGUGGUGCCUCGGAGCUGGGCCCUCGUUCCGGCCAUGCGACAUGCCAUGACCAAAUAUCCCGGCAGCACAUACUUCUUUCAUCUCUCCCCCCAUUCCGUCAUCAUGGACCCAACCAUCUCGCUCACAUCACACGUGCUGGAAAAAUCAAAGCUGGAAUCCCUCAUGAUUAAAGACACCCCAGUUGUGCCACCAGAUAGUGUCAUCAAGACCUUCACUCAUCUGUCUGGAAACGACGUUGACCUGAUUAUCACGCAGGAUGCAGAGAACCUCUGUCCAGGGAGCUUUAUCAUCAGGAGAGGCGAGUGGGCGAAUUAUUUCCUAGACGCCUGGUUUGAUCCGCUGUACAGGAGCUAUAACUUUGCAAAGGCGGAAAACCAUGCUCUGGUAAGUAACAUGUCCAUUUGAAGGGUUCUGGUGCUCUGAGAGGUAUAGCUAACUUGCCUCCCAGGAUCAUAUUGUACAAUGGCAUCCGACCAUUCUAGCCAGACUAGCUCUUAUUCCCCAGAAAAUUAUCAACGCCUAUUCUCAUGAAGCUCCGAAGCCCGGUUCAAAUGGGCUAUACACAGAGGGUGAUUUCAUUGUUCGUCUGGGCGGAUGCGAGACGACGCCUUCACGAAACUGUGAGAAAGAAAUGGAGCCUUACUGGAAUAAAUGGUCGAAGGCUUAUGCCCAAGUUUAAUAUCUAAAAUGGAACACUUAGGGGGGUAAGGCAGCUGUGGUAACCUGCAUUUAUGAGCGUAUCUUCCUUGAUUUAACACGUUGUUCCUCUUUUUCCCCCUUCAUCACCCUUUUCAUUUCUAAUUUUUACCGUGUCGGAUCGGCUUUUAUCAUAUAACUACGUCAUCUUUCCCCGUUUUUCUUUUUGCUUUGAUGUAACAGUAUGGUUAUGCUCAGGGGUUCGCCCGCAGGCUGGUAGCCUUGGAUGAGAUAGACGUCUCUUAUGCUUUCUUGUUAUAUCCUUGUUUUCCUUUGUUAUGUGCUGGUAAAUUUGGAUACCUUUCGUAACUUCUAGCUGAUGGGGAAUAACCCUCUAAGCCUCUAGUCUAAAGCCCUAGCCACAGAAUGUAGGGACUAGUAUCCAAGUUUGCCAGCACUGAUCGAUCCACUCUAGCAGAUCUCGAUUUCAUUACCACAAGUUAUCAUCACCUAGUCGAUCUCCUGUCACUAGAUCAACCCAGCAGUCGUGAACCAGGCUGGGGUAUUGUUAGGUAGGGGUAUUGUUAGGUAGGGGUAUUUAAACAGGAUGUUACUGACGGGGUGAUGGGGACGGUUCGGCCCGGUCAAUCGGAGCUUGGAAUCAGAUUGAACUCUUAAAC